CUAGGUUCUAAGAGGAAAAGAAACCAGCACAGAGCAGAGGAAAGCAGGACAGUCAAACUCUGAAUCAGAAAUAUUUCACUGGAAAACAAAGUCAACAUGAAGCUGUUUUGCCUGUUGCUGCUGUUAGCUAGAUCCAUUGCUUCUGUCCCUCUGGAAACCUCAGGUAAAGCAGAGUACACCACCCUUUCCUUCCACGGCUUCACCACAGAACCAAGCCCAACCGAAGGGAAGUCUCGCUUCGCCAUGUUGGAUGAUGUCCGUCUACUUGCGAACGGCCUUCUUCAGCUGGGCCAGAGUCUACGGGAGUUUGUCCACAAGACCAAAGCCCAAAUCAACGACAUCUUCCAGAAGUUGAACAUUUUCGACCGCUCGUUUUACCAGCUCUCAGUGGUCACGUCAGAGAUCAAAGAGGAAGAGGAGGAGCUGAAGAAGACAACCAAUUUUUUGAAGGCCAACAACGAGGAGAUCAGGAACCUGUCGCUGGAAAUCAACUCCAAGAUCAACGGCAUCCUUCAGGAACGUAUGCAGCUGCAGAGCAAAGUGGGGAGCCUAGAGGAGCGACUGAAGGGACUGUCCCAGAGCUUGGUCCCUUCUGACCAGCUUGGUGAGAUUGCAACCCUUAAGGAAGUGAUUGAUGCUCAAGAAAAAACAAUCACCAACCUUCUGAAUGCUGUGAGAGAGCAGCAUGAACAGCUUGACCACCAGAAAACUAAGAUAAAAAAUCUAGAGGAGAAGCUGAACUAUGACAAUUUUCAAGAUACAGUCGAUAAACCAAUGAAUCCAGAACUAGCACCUUCUGAUAUGUUUGAAUAUCUGAUGGGAAAUUCAACCGGUCUGGACAUAAAUGACCUCCCCACAGACUGCAGUGACCUGUUUAACAAAGGAGAGGCAAACAGUGGAAUCUAUGUUAUCAAGCCAAAUCAAUCUGAGCCGUUCAACGUGUACUGUGAAAUGGGCUCAGAUGGAGGUUCAACUGUCAUCCAGCGCAGGAUUGAUGGUUCAGUCGACUUUGACCAGACAUGGAACAAGUAUGAGAAAGGCUUUGGAGAUCUGGAAAAAGACUUCUGGUUGGGCCUGAAGAAGAUUCACAGUCUGACACAGCAGGGAGUUCACAUCUUACAUAUUGAUUUGGAAGACUGGAAGGAGGAAAAGCACUGGGCAGAAUACCGUUUCUUACUGGAGGGAUCCUCUACUGACUAUACAAUCCAUGUCAGCCACUUCUCUGGUGACCUAUCUGAUGCCAUGGCCAACAGCACUGGCAUGAGAUUCUCCACAAAAGACAGAAAUAAUCAAAACAACAGAAACUCCAACUGUGCCCGCAGUUACACAGGUGGUUGGUGGUACAAUGCCUGUGGAGAGACCAAUCUUAAUGGAAGGUAUAUGUGGUUACGAGCCAAAGGACGUUCAAUGAGAAGGAAGGGCAUUUACUGGAAGCCUGGCACAGGUCCCUCGUAUUCCCUCAAGACAACUAAGAUCACCAUACGACCAGCUCCUACUGCUGAAAGCUUCAACUGAAGCCAAAGAGUCAACAGUAAACGUGCUGCCAUUAAUGAACAAGCUCAGCAAAAAAUAUUCACAGAUGAUGAAAGUGAAUUAACACAGUCAUGAUUCACGUAUAUGACUACCAAUUCUAGUUUAUUUGCUGCAUUAAGCCAAUUGCUUCCCAGCCCAGUUUUGUCAGAGUCUGGUGCUGACCGAGCAAAAUAGGCCAAAAAUGUCACAAGUCGGAAAAUGCUGAACAUGCAAUGAUGCAACAUUGCCACUGUGCUAAAAAGGUCAUUAACCUAUUGGGUCUGAUCCAGUGGGGACGUUAGAACUGUCAUUAUGCAACAUCUGCUAUCACUUGCAAAAUGGACUUAUUGAUCCACAUCAGCAAACUGAUUCAGUGCUGGCUGAGAAACGUCACAGUGCUGCAGGAGACAGAAAACUAUGUGGAGACAUAAGGAAGCAAACCAAGAUUACUUUUGUGUAAAUGUUCUCAGUGAACUUUAAUGUAUUUACUGUAUCUAUGUCUGCUAGGCUAUUUAAAAUGCAUUUUAUCUUUGUGAUGGUAAACUGUUGCAUGUUUCGCUGGAGCUUCAGGCAUUCGGACAUGUUAUUACAUAAGGCAUGCAUUACAUAAGUCAGAGACUUGUAUAAACUUUUGUUUAUGAGACACACUGCUUCUCCAACAUCUCAAGAUAUGUCCAUACUGGUGAUACAGGCUGUAUGCACCACACAGCCUUUUAUAUUUUUCCCUGGUAAUGUAAGCAGACCAAAAUGGUACAAAAUACUGACAAUCCAUUAUGCACUGAUGAGGUUUUUGUUGUUUUUUUGUUCUGUUUUCUUUCUUUUUUUACUCAGUAAUGUAUUUAAAUCAGAUCCAUGUUACUUUAUCAUCUAUGCUGAUGUUGAUUAAAAAAAAACAAUUUCCUAUGUUAUUGAGUCAUAUUGACUCUUGUCCGUCAAUACAGCGCUACUGUAAUUGUGCCUCAUACUAACAUAUUUGCCCUACAGGUAGCUAUGUGCCCUUAUUAAUCAUAUAUUUAUGAAG